AUGUACAAGUAUGUGCAAGCCUACAGACUGAAAAGACAGGGGACUAUAGUUAAAAAUUGGACUAGGGGUAAAUUGAAAAUACUUAAAGCAAAGAUCACUAUCGAUAUAAUGCUUUUUUUCAUUGAUUUACUAAUCAUUUGGCUCAUAUCUUGUUCAAUCAUGUCUAUUGCUAAUAAAGUAGAUACAGAACUUGCAUAUCAAAAUUUGAAAUUUAUCACCAAAGUGUUUGGUGUGAUUGCUUUUACUUGUAUAGGAUUUUCUAUAUGUGUGUAUCAAAUAUGGUAAAUGUAGUAUGAACUAAAAGCAGCCUCUAUCAUAGUGCUAAUCAUAGCUCCAUUAAUUGAGAUAUUCUUCAUAAGAUAGAUUUAUUUAAUGAUCCUUUGUUUAUACUAAGCAAGAAAGCUCAGAAAAUAAGGCUACCUACACAAUUCUCGCUUUAUUGAUUAAUCCAUCACUUAAAAGAAGUUUUUAGAUGAUGAAACGAACUUUGAGUUAAAUAAAUCAAAUGAAGUUAAUGAAACAACAAACCAUAAUAAUCCAAAUAAAUUUUACAACCAUAUGAAUGACUCAUUCUACAAUAUCUAAAAAUCAUUUCCAUUUGAUGAGAGUCAUGUUAAUGCUAAUGAUCAGCUCUCAAAAAGUAUACAUAAACUCUUUGAAGAUAUUUUCCUAUCUUAAAAUUAAAAAUAUUCAAUGAUGGAUUAAAUAAAUCAAACUGAAGAGGAUAAUUAUUUGAAACUCCCCAUUAAGAUAUGUAAUCGUCACCUUAAGAAUUAUGAUAAUUAUCAAAAGCUUAAGUUCUUUGAACUUAUUCAAUUAAAUCUCAUCUAUCAAUUGUAUGGUGCAAAAGCAGCAUAUAAAUUGGUUAAAAAUAUCAAAUCCACUUAGCAUAAAGAUUACGAAUUUAUUGGCAAUAUCAAAUAAGAUAUUGUAUAGUAUGCUGAUGAAAUCAUAGAAUAGGAGCGCUUAAGAGAAUUAAGUGAAUAAGAGUUUAAACUGAUAUCAGAACUGAAUAAAGAUAAGCCGAAUCUAUUUUCUAAGUUUAUUAGCAAGUUUGACUUAAAAAAAAAGAAAUUGAAUCUAGAUAAGAUUGAUGAAGCUAAUUCCAAAGAUGAGGCAUCAUUACCACCCUCAUAGAACGAAUACGAAGGUUCAAUUACAAGUAGACAGUCUCUGAUAAAACUAAUGAUGAGUAAAAUUAUGAAGCACUAAGAAAAGAAAAAGAAGAAGAAAUUUUAGCCACAUGCCACUAUAAAAAACUAAGAAUAAAAAAACUAUGUGGAACUAUUAGUCAAAAGAUCACUAGCCUAGACAUAAAAAGUCUAAAUGAACAGUGAGGCUUUGAGUUAGUCCGAUAUCGAAUCUCAAAUGACUUUAAACUACAUGAAUAGAAAAGCAUCAGUGCAUUCUAUUUAGAAUCAACCUCUUCCUAUGAUUAGCCCAGCUAAGUCGAUGGCAAACAUUAGCAAGGGAUCAUUUGCUCCUUCUUUGAAAUCUAUUAAAUAAAGCGAAAAUAAAUAAGUAAUUUCAUUCCAAAGUCCAAUUAGUUAGAAUUAGAAAUCUAUAAAAUCAUAAGUAAGUAAAUCACAUAGUAUUGUGAAUCAAUAAAGUUAAACAAAGAAGAGUUUCGCUAAUUUAAUUGAGGAGCAAUAGUUGCUAUCUUUUCAUCCUUAAAGCAAUGCUAGUUAUCGAGAAUUCGAUUAAUUAGAAUUUUUGACUGAUCAAAUAUAAUUAGUGACCUAGAGAAGAGAUUAGGUUAAUGAAGAUUCAAAGAGAUCUAUACGUAUAAGUGAAUUAGAUUCAAUUACUGACAGUGAGGAGAGAACUCAAAGAAUAAUGCAGAGCCAAAUGCAUUUAGAGAAGCUAUUAGGUGAUUAAAAUGAUAAUGUGGAGAUUAGUGAUUCUUCAUACUUAUCAUCACUACAAGAAGUAUCUGAUAUAUAGGUAGGGUAAAAUUUCGAAGACUCAGAGGAUGCUUGUGACAACUUGAAUGUGGAUUUUUAAUAAUAAAAUAUAGAGCCGUUUCCAGAUUAGAAUGAUCUGAUAGGACAAAGAUUACCUACUGAGGAAGACGAUGUAAGAAAGUCCAAAGUUAAUUUCCAGGCUAGGUCAAAUAGUAUCCCAUAGAUGGAGAAUGAAAUAGACACAAAGAACCAGCUGACUAUAAUGGACUUUAGGGAUUUGAUUGAUCAGCAUUUAAAAAGUAAUGGUGGCAAUACAAAUAACCUAAGUACUAAUGUAAAUAGUUAAGACAUUACAUAAUUGACUACACCUGCUGCUAUCAAUUAGAAGUAAAUUGUCUUAGCUGAGAGUAGAGAUGAUGACUCUUACAAUAUUAGCGAUAUAUUGCCGAGCAAAAAGAUCAUCAAAUAACAAUCAUUUUAGUCCUUAAAGAGAGAAUCAAGUGCAGCAAAAAUUUAUGAUGAGUCUGUAUUGCUAAGAACUCUAGACAAAUAAAACUAGAAUAACUAAUCAGUCUCAACUCAAAAGCAUCUUUAAAGGUCAUAAUCUUAAACUAUUGAUAUGAUUUAAAGGAAAUCUAUGAGGAAGUCAGGAUCUCAAUUCAUAAUAAACAGGCAGUAGACUACAGCUGAUAAUACUAACAUUUAUGACAGUUCAAAGAUGAUUGGCUCUGUUGAUAGAAAAUCUUAAGAAGAAAAUUAGGAGAUAUUUGAUAAGAUUAUUGAUGAACAGAGGCAAAGUGAAUUGUUCUUAAAAAAUAAGCUUAAAAUGAUACAUUAGAAGAAAAAAGAAGUUGAGUAUAGGAUGACUAACUUUUCUGUACAUAAGUAGCCUCCAGCCAAUAGAUUGUCCAUUCAAACUCCUGGUAGUAUAAAUUAUUUUCAUAAUGGGAAUGAUUAUGGUUAGAAUAACGUGUCUGGCUUUUCUGAAUAUUCUUAAUCACCUAAGGGAAUCAAGAGCAAGAAUCAUUCUUAUCUUAAGGGAUUCUUUGACCCAGUUCAGAAGCAAACAGCUUAAACCUUAGAGAAGAUGAAUCGAUUUGAAAAAGAUAGAUUCUCUAUGUACAUGAAUGACUUCAAGGAGUAAAGGAAGAAGUUUAAAAAGAAGCAGAAUAAGAGAGUCAAAAAUGGUAAAACUAAUGGAAAUAACACAAGUGGUAUUAAUAAUUAGGAUUUAGAUGAGAGUCCUACCAGAGAUAAUUCAAUUGUAAAUGAGUAACAGUAGAAUGUGGGAGGUGUUCAGAUAUAAGUAUUACCGACUGUAUUACCAUAGACAUCUGUUUAACUGUAGAACUAGUUAUUGAUUAGAUCUAGCAGUGCCUCUGGUCUAAGACUAAAUAGCAAUAAAAAAUAAAGAGGGAACCCUGUUUAGUAGUCAUUUGACUCAGGAUAUAGUAACUCUAAUUACAAUAUGUCGCUUAAUAUUAAUUUCAACCCUCAUUACUAGUUAUUUGAGAGACCUUAACAGCAACUAGCAGUUAAGCCACCCUUGCAAUCAGCAACUAAAGACAAAAAGAAGAAUAAACUUAAAGUUUCUAGAUCCUAAGCAUAGUUAAAGCCUCUUUAAUAAGUUAAGAAAAAUUAGUUAUUCAAAUCUAGUGAGGGCUCUGUCGAUGAAACUACAAAGGGCCAGAAGUUCUAGCUUGAUCCUGAAUUGUCAAGCAUUAUAGAUGAGUUGAAUAAGGAUUUGGCUUCAUAUGUUGAUUUGGAUAAGUAGGGAUAGCAAUAGAAUCAGCAGCUCUAAUUGAGAUAGUAGCAGGAUGUAAGAGUCUUCACUUUUUAUCAUAGCAAGGACAAGGACUAGACUUCCAAUUAUCAAAACACAGUGGAAGACCUAGAAUCGUAAAUAUGA